AUGGAGAACUUUGAAGGCGAUCCCCACUCUCCAGAUCUGCAACUGAAGAAAUCCGUAAGCAGUGAAAAUGAUAACGGGUUAAAACUCCCACCGGAAACCGUUUCGAUUUCUUGGUGUAAAGAAAAAACCAGUCAACUCGAAAAUCAGCGAGGACUCGCAUUGUCUAGGAAGAUCCACGAUGAUGAAUUACCCGAGAAAAUAAUUAAACAUUAUGACCAAUCGCUCAUCAAAGCCAGAAGAAAUGAUUACUCGCCCCCGGGACGCACAAUGAAAAAUUUUUCUCCUUACGAAUUCGCUGGUGAUGUAACUUAUUUUGGUGUGAACAAGCAUCCGUCUAUUCACGACAUGAUCGAUAUUUCGGAAGAAGUAUUUGUACCAUACGACCAAGUGUUUCACAGAUUUAGUGAACUUCGAAUUAUUAAUCAUGAAAGAUGCGAGAAGAACGAUACAUGCGAAAGAGUUUCAAAGUACUUUAUUUCAAAAAUUGGUUACAAUGGGCUACUAACUGAAAACACCGUGGCAAUGAUGCAUCACGAGUUCAAAAACUUCAUUCACUUGGGACCAAUGACUGACACCGGUCGCAUUCAUUUGAUUGUCGAUAAACUUGAUUUGGCACCUGAUACUGUCCGAAAGUUUUACUACAAAUGGUUUAUAAAAUCACGUCAACUUGAGAGUACCUUGGAAACGGUAGUUUUUGAAGAACAAAAGUUAUAUCAAAGAGAAAUAGAGAGACAUCAUGCUCACAUGCAAAACACACCUGGAGAUCAUGAAUAUUCAAAAAGAAUGUCUCGAAGAGAUUUGAAAACUGAAUCGCUUCUUCGAAUUAUUCAUAAGAGACCAGAAAUGACCGUCUCUGAGGCAAUCAUCGUGUCCAGUAUCUACAAGGUAGACAUUAAAAAAAUUCAUUUGCUGGUCAAAAAGAAUCUAGAAAGCAUGCGAAUCAUACAAGAGUGUUUUGAAGAUAACUGCGAUUCAGAAUUUGUUAAUUUCACUCCAUCGAAUGUUUCGAAUAGGAAAUAUGACAACGACCCAUCAACGUUCGAUUCUGCUCCAGAAGACGAUAGAGAGCAGCAGGAAUGCAAAAGAAACAUUCGUAAUGAUAUUGAGAUGGGUGAAGAACAGAAGAAUGUUGAUUUGAUACCCGACGGCAAUCCUCAUGCUUCACUUGCAUUGACUGCAGAAAUGCUCAAUAUUAGCAAUAUGCUAUCUGGUCCAGAUUGUUCCAAAAACAGAUUUGCUGGAGAUUUUCAACUUUUCGAACUCAACCGACAUCCAUCCAUCGGAGAAAUGCUCGCAAUUUCGAAAAUGACUGGAGCAAAAUAUAAACAGGUCUUCUACAGAUUCCGAGAUUUUCGAAAUGCUCUAAAAGAACCAUGUCCAAGAAAUGAUAAUUGCCGUAAAGUAUUAAAGUUUUUUGCUCAUCGAACAGAAUAUGAUGGUAUCUUGCAUGGAAAAUCGGUGAAUAAGAUGUACGAUCUGUUCGAAAAGUUUGGUGCCGAUGGGAAGUCACCAGAUAUUGGCUACAUACACCUAGUGGCAGAACAAGUCGAUUUGCCAGCGUUCGUUGUCCGUGAACAAUACAAAGAAUGGUUCAUGAGUAUGAAAAAGGAAGAGGAUGAGGAUGAAUCAUCUGAUACACCAGAGAUAAACCGCAAAAAAGAGCUUUAUGAAAGACUUGAAAACGAGUACAGCGCUAGCUCGGAAAUUUCAUAUGAACGACUUGUGCACAUGGCAAAGAAGUACGAUACAACUCAAAAGAAUAUUCUGAAUUUUUUCGAUUCGAAAAUCGAACAUAUUGAAGAACUACCAGAAUCAGCAAUACCCGAAGCAUCAUCGGAUCUCCAUGAAGCAUUGAAUGUAUCCAUUGGCAAAAAUUCAACGAAAGAAAUUUUGAAUCAACUCAACGAGAAGUUUUUGAAAAAUGACUUCAAUUCAAAACCUAACAAUUAUGAAUUAUACCAACAGGAACCAUCAAAGAAAGCUAGUAAUAACUCGAAUUUGGCAAAAAAUGCAAUAGGAACGGACUAUUAUGAAGCAAACGAAAGUCUCUACGAAAUGUCUCAAAAUACACCACAUGUUUCGGGAGGUUCGAUCAAUUCGAGGCACUCGGAAAAUCAAAGAGAACAGGUGGAAACAGAAGAUGUAGAGAUCGAUGUCGUUGGGUUGGAUGACGAUUCUGGAGAAAGCGAAGUUGAGAUAACUCAUACUGCAGAUGACUACAAAAGCAUAUAUCAGUUUCCUGAUGAUUUUGAAAUAUUUCAAGCCAAUCGUCAUCCUACAAUCCUUGAAAUGAUCAACAUUUCGUAUGAUACAGGAGUUUCUUAUGAACAAGUGUUCUUUCGAUUCAAGCAUUUCCGUAAGUUGAACAACGAAGUAUGUUCUCCAGGAGAUCCUUGUGAAAAAGUGGAGAAGUUCAGCGAAGCUAACCCAGAUUUGGGAGGAGUCCUUGAUAAAAGAACAUUGGGUAUCAUCUACGAGGAAUUCGAGCAUCUCAUCCAUUUGGGAUAUUACUUACCACUCGGCUACAUUCAUAUGAUUAUGGAAAAAGUCGAUUUGCCUGCUUCUGUUAUCAGAUUGCAAUACGGAGAAUGGUAUAGUAAGCGAAGAGGUUAUCCUAAGGGAGUUUUACCAGAUAUGUCCAAUUCAACAAUGCUGACUGGACUUGCACCAAAAGAAGAAGAUAGAUUAUACCUAACGAAUGACGAGUCGGUACAAUCAGGAGAAAAUAACACAGGCAAAGAAUGA